AUGGCUGCACAGACCACGCUCACAGCUUUCUGGGUGGCGGACGAGUUCAAGAAGAAAUAUUACGACGUUCUGGGCAACAACCCGAGGCUGUUCAUGCGCUUUUUCAAGGAGGACAGCACGCUGACGGUGGUGCUGCCCGGCGCGGACGGCCAGCCUCAAGCGCGCACCGCCGAGGGUCCCGAGGGGAUCCAGCAGCUGAUGCAGUCCACCGUGCCCAGCGCAAAGGUCGCAGUGGAGGCGCUGCAGGCGCAGUACGGCGUCUCCACCGCCAGCCCCGACCAGCAGGCCGCCGCUGCGGCCGCGGCAGGCGCGGCGCCCAAGCCGUCGGUCAUGGACAGGGUCAUCGUGAUGCACGUGGUCGGGCGCGUGGUGCUGCACGGCGAGCGCGUCGAGCGCCGCUUCUCCCAGGUGUUCUGCCUGGCGCCGCAGACCAACCCCAAGGGCUACUACGUCAGAAACGACAUCCUGACAGUGCACGCCCCAGACGCCGCAGCCGCCGCGCCGCGGCCGCAGCAGCAGCCCGCGCCGCCCGCCGCCGCCGCCGCGCCCCUGGCCAACGGCGUGCCCGGCGCGCCGCAGCAGCAGCUGCCGCCCCCGCAGCUCGUCGCGCUGGGCCUGCCGCCGGGUGCGCAGCUGCCUGGGGCCCCCGUGGCUGCGCUGCCGCGCGCGCACCUGCCCGUCGCGGCCGCGACAGGCGUGCCCAUCGCCGUGGCUCAGGGCGUCCCUCGGCCUCGCCGGCGCCCGCAGCAGCCCCCGCAGCAGUGCAGGAGCCCCUACAGCAGCAGCAGCAGCAGCAGCAGCAGCAGCAGCCAAAAAAGAAGCCGGUUGAGCAGGCAGCAGCGCUAG